AUGGGUUUACUCAGUCAUACAGGUUUCCUCGGGAGAUCAGUGCAAGGCAAGGCUCUUGAGAGUCUUGUCUGUGCAACUGCCGCAAGCGGUUUCUUACUUUUCGGAUAUGAUCAGGGUAUCAUGUCCGGAAUCAUUACGGAAACUAAUUUCCUUGCGCACUUUCCCCAGAUGGAACCGCACAAUAAAUCAGGAGCAAUUCAAGCCUUGGUUGUUGCCAUCUACGAAAUCGGUUGUUUAUUUGGAUCUAUUUUCAUCAUUGGAUUUGGCGACAGACUGGGAAGAAGAAGAGCUGUGUUAUUGGGAACUUUGAUCAUGUUGGUUGGUACUGCAAUUCAAGCAUCGAGUUUUGGAAUAGCUCAAUUGAUCGUGGGGAGGAUCGUUACGGGUGUGGGAAAUGGUAUGAAUACUUCAUCGAUUCCCGUUUGGCAAAGUGAAAUGGCACCACCUAAGAUUCGAGGAUUUUUGGUUUUGUUCGAAGGUGCCUUGAUCGCUGGAGGCAUUAUGUUAUCGUACUGGCUCAACUAUGGAUUCUUUUUCGUAACCCAAUACGGUUCCUUCCAGUGGCGUUUUCCACUUGCGUUCCAAGCGUUCUUUGGAGCUAUCCUUCUCGUCGGUAUUCUUGCAUUACCCGAAUCGCCCAAAUGGCUACUCAAGAAAGAUAAAGACGGACACGCGAUUGAGAUCCUUUGCCGUCUGCAAAAGUGCGAGAAAGAUGACCCGCGUAUAGUGAAUGAGGUCAGAGAACUUAAGAGAGUAACUGCUAUCACCAAGGGAAAGAAGCUCACCUUGAAGGAAUUUUAUGGAAGUGGUCCCGAGAUGAAUAGAUGGAGAGUUACUAUUGCCUCUACUUCGCAACUUUUCCAACAGAUUGGAGGUACUAAUCUCGUUACAUAUUACGCAACAACCGUUUUCGAGGACUCCCUCGGUUUCUCUCCCGAGCUCGCCCGUCUCCUAACCGCCUGCUACGGAACUCUCUACCUCGCCGCAGCCAUCUUCGCCCUCUUCAUCGUCGACCAUUUCGGCCGCCGCAAAAUGAUGAUCACGGGUGCUCUAGGAAUGGGUUUCUCAUCCAUGGUCAUCGGAGUCUGUCUAUCCCAAACAACCGAAGAUUACAGAGCUCCCGGCUACGUCGCUACCGCUUUCAUCUUCAUAUUUAUUGCCUUCUUCGCGAUCGGAUGGCUUGGGAUAACAUGGUUAUACCCGGCUGAGGUGACACCACUUCGCAUCAGAGCCGAAGCCAAUGGUCUCUCGACUUCGUUCAACUGGAUCGGCAAUUAUAUUGUGGUUCAAUUGGCGCCGAUUAUGAUUUAUAGCAUUAGCUGGAAAACAUACUUCGUAUUCAUGUGUGUCAAUUUUGCCUUCGUCCCAGUCAUUUGGUACACCUUUGUAGAAACCAAAGGGUACCCUCUCGAAAAGCUCGACGAGAUUUUCGAGGAAGCAUAUGAGAAGGGCGAAAAUCCCGUUUGGACCGAAAGACGAAUCAGGAAAAAUGCAAAGGCAUUACGAAAUGGUGAAAAGCAUGCAGAAGAAGGUGUUGCUACAGGAGUAGACGCUGGGGAUGAGAAGAUAGGCACUAGAGAAAGUAGGAAUGAGAAUGUGGUUGCGAGUGCUGGACAUCAACAUCAUGUUCGUGGUGAGAGUGGGAGGACGAGUGGAAGCGAUACUAUUAUUGAUCAGAGGGAGGAGAUAGAAGAGGAAGUUGAUAGGACGGAUAGAUAUCCUUCUGUGGGAAAAUGA